AUGAGUUUAGCCAACUCAAGCACUAACAAAGCUGACUCCUCCCGAGACAACCCUGAUUCACCACCUGUUUUCCCGGCUGUUGGUUCGUGUGCUCAGGGGUUUGCUCUCCUGAAUUACGAAGGAACCGAAGCGGAGUCGCCGUAUUUCGAGCAACCAGUUCAGAACGUGACGGUACAGGUGGGACGCAACGCCAAACUCACCUGUAUUGUUGAGAACCUUGGCAACUAUAAGGUAGCCUGGGGUUACAAAGGUACCGGUGCUGUUCUGACGGUUUCCACACAAGUCAUCACCAACAACCCCCGCAUCUCCAUUCAGCGGGAGCAGCGCUCCACCUGGGUGUUGACCAUCGCCAACGUGACCAGGCAGGACCAGGGCCACUACCGGUGCCAGGUCAACACUUCCCCGCCCAGGUCCAUCGCCGGGUUCCUUGCUGUCGUAGAGCCGCCCGUGUUGGACGGGGGGGACGAGGAGGUGACGGUAAACAGAGGAGGUUCCGUCAACCUAACCUGCCGCGCCCACGGCACUCCAACGCCGACAGUCAGGUGGAUCAGGGAGGACUACAACAGCAUCAGGAUCAGCGAGGCUCACUUCGUGUCUGACUAUGUGGGCAGCUCACUAUUACUACAGAAGGUGACCCAGCGUAGUGCAGGUGGCUACCUCUGCAUUGCUACCAACGGUCACCCACCAUCCAUCAGUAAGAAAAUUAUUGUCAAUGUCAACUACGUGCCGGAAGUCAGGGGGCCCAAGCCAACUACGUGGGCUCUCUUGGGUACCAGUGUCAGCCUCACCUGCCUCUUCGCUGCUCAUCCCACCCCACGGGUCGUCUGGAUGAGGGAAAACUCAUUGGGGUCACAGAUGCUUAAUGAUGAGUAUUUUACCGUCACUCCUCAGGAAGGUCAUCCGCCUUACACACACAACAUGACGCUCAGCAUGAGGAACUUAGUUCCGUCAGACUUCGGAAUUUACACCUGCAUCGUCAAGAACUUCCUGGGGGAGACACAAGCUACCACCACUCUGAGAGAGGUGGUGACGACCCUGCCAUCCACCACCACCACUACUGCUACCACCACCGCCAAGACCACCACCACCACCACAGUGCCGCCACCACCGCCACUAGUCUACGGUGACUACGAUGACAACGCCAAGAAUUUAACAGCGCCGUUAGUGGUAAACACCUCGCCAAACAUAUCCAAUGUGGUAGGAGCACCACUGGGUCAUCAAGCCAUCGAGACAGUCCUCAAGGACAAAUUGAAUGACCUGAAGAGAAUGGAUGAGAGAUUAAGUGAUCUUGAAGCCCUUGAUGCCCUGUAUCUCCUCACAAGGUUAUGGAGGAAGCAGUACUUGCGGCUCCCGCACCAUUCUCAUGGUGUUGAGUCAACAGCUGUUACUCGGUCAUCUGUUCCUCUAAAUUUGGCUCUGUGUAAAGAAAGACAACAACAGCUCGGUGGAACAAAUACACAGAUUCUUCAUCGGAAUUUCUCAGAUCGCUUUAACACGAAAUAUAUUGAAGCAGAUAAAAUUUAUGUCGAGAAAAAUAUUCAUUGUCCUAAUCUGGCAGAGGACAAACUCGCCGAAUACGAGGAAUUCACGAGGGCCAAGCUAGACGAGAUCAAGCUAGACGAGACCAAGCUAUACGAGACCAAGCUAGACGAGAUCAAGCUAGAAGAGAUCAAGCUAGACGAGAUCAAGCUAGACGAGAUUCAAGCUAGACGAGACCAAGCUAGACGAGACCAAGCUAGAUGA